AUGCGCGGCUUGAUUAUUCUGGCUUCCCUGAGCCAUCUGGCGACAACCCUGACAAUUCCAACCUACCCCAAGAAGAGAGCCCUGUCAGCUGGCAUUGCCAUCUACAGCUGCACCACGCCAGGAACUGUCGCACUCACUUUCGAUGACGGUCCGUUUAUAUACACAGAGUCUGUGCUUGAUCAACUUGCUUCCGCGGGGUUCAAGGCCACCUUCUUCCUCAAUGGAUAUAACUUGGGCAACAUCGAGGACUACCAAUCCACGGUAGAUAGAAUGAUCAAUGAAGGACACCAGGUUGCUUCCCACACCUACGGUCACCCUGAUCUUGCAGCCCUCAACGACUAUGAUGUCGAGCAACAGAUGGUAUUGUUGAGUAACCAGUUCACCCACAUGAUAGGUAAGGACCCUGUCUACAUGCGUCCCCCUUACUUUAGCUUCAACGACCGAACACUUCAAGUACUUGGUCAGCUGGGGUAUAAAGUAGUUAUUGCUGAUAUCGACACCGACGAUUGGCGCUAUUCGUCUUUUGGCGGUGCCGAACCCUCUCUAGACUUGUACAACGCUGGCCUAAACCAUGGAGGCUCGAUUGUUCUCAUGCAUGACGUCCAUCAAAACACCGUGCAGGACAUACUACCCCGUAUAAUACAAGCGACACGUCAAAGCGGACGAAGAGGUAAUUAUAUCGUUGAUGGUUGA